AUGAAAUUUUUAGCAUUAAUAUCAGGAGGCAAAGAUUCCAUUUAUAAUAUUAUUAGAUGUGUUCAAGAAGGUCAUGAACUUGUUCUAUUAGUGAAUCUAUAUCCAAAAUGUACAAUUAAAAUUCAUUCAAAUUAGAAAUUGGAAUUGAAUCUGAUAGUUUCAUGUAUCAAAGUGUUGGUACUAAUGCAAUCGAAGCUAUUGCUUAAGCUAUAGAUAAACCCUUAAUGACAAGAGAAAUAUCAGGAAAACCUAAAAUUACUAAUUUAGAUUAUCAAAGCAAAGAUGAAGAUAGAAUUGGUGAUGAAGUUGAAGAUCUUUAUCUCAUUUUAAAAGAAGCACUUCUCAAAUAUCCUGAUAUAAAGGGAGUCAGUUCUGGAGCUAUUGCUUCUACAUAUCAGAAAUUAAGAGUAGAAGAUUGGUAUAUCGAUCUCCUAAUUUUAGUUGUAAUCGAUUAGGCUUAACAUCUCUUGCUUAUUUGUGGAAUCAAGAUUAAUUUUCUUUGUUGGAUUAAAUGAUGUAAAAUAAUAUGAAUAUAAUCCUAAUUAAAAUUGCAGCUAUGGGAUUGACUACAAAACAUUUAGGAAAAACCAUAAAUGAGCUAUACGAUUAUUUCAAAGAAAUAGUACUAUUUUUAUUAAAAAUAUGUCUAGAAUAAAAAAUUUGGUUUUCAUCCUUGUGGAGAAGGAGGAGAGUUUGAAAGUUUUGUACUUGAUUGCCCACUAUAUAAAAAAAGAAUUUAAAUGUAAUAUAUUCAUUUUAAUUCUCAUAGAAACGAAACUGAAGUUAUAUGCCAUGAAGAAAAUUCUGUUGCUCCAGUUUAUUAUCUUUUAAUAAAAAAAUAUGAGCUAAUCGAAAAAAAUUGA